AUGGGUGACUACUCGAAAGCACUUGAAUUUUACGAAAAAGCACAUAAAAUACUCGAAAAAGCUCCUCCUCCAAAUCAUCCCGAUUUGGCUAUUUCAUACAACAACAUCGGUAAUUUGUAUAACAACAUGGGUGACUACUCGAAAGCACUUGAAUUUUACGAAAAAUCACAUAAAAUCUACGAAAUAGCUCUGCCUCCGAAUCAUCCCCAUUUGGCUACUUCAUACAACAACAUCGGCCUAGUGUAUAACAACAUGGGUGACUACUCGAAAGCACUUGAAUUUUACGAAAACUCACAUAAAAUAAGAGAAACAGCUCUACCUCCAAAUCAUCCCUCAUUGGCUACUUCAUACAACAACAUCGGUAAUGUGUAUAACAACAUGGGUAACUACUCGAAAGCACUUGAAUUUUACGAAAAAGCACAUAAAAUCAAAGAAAUUGCUCUGCCUGCAAAUCAUCCCGAUUUGGCAACUUCAUACAACAACAUCGGUCUAGUGUAUAACAACAUGGGUAACUACUCGAAAGCACUUGAAUUUUACGAAAAAGAUCUCGAAAUCACAAAAAUAGCUCUACCUCCAAAUCAUCCCGAUUCGGCUACUUCUUACAACAACAUCGGUGGAGUGUAUAACGACAUGGGUGACUACUCGAAAGCACUUGAAUUUUACGAAAAAUCACAUCAAAUCUAUGAAAAUGCUCUUCCUCCAAAUCAUCCCUCAUUGGCUACUUCAUACGACAACAUCGGUCAAGCGUAUAAGGCCAUGGGUGACUAUUCGAAAGCACUUCAAUUGUACGAAAAAUCACAUAAAAUCAAAGAAAUAGCUCUGCCUCCAAAUCAUCCCGAUUUGGCUGCUUCAUACAACAACAUCGGUAGCGUGUAUAACACCAUGGGUGACUACUCGAAAGCACUUGAAUUUUACGAAAAAUCACAUAAAAUCUGCGAAAUAGCUCUGUCACCAAAUCAUCCCGAUUUGGCUACUUCAUACAACAACAUCGGUCAAGUGUAUAAGAACAUGGGCGACUACUCGAAAGCACUUGAAUUUUACGAAAACUCACGUAAAAUAAGAGAAACAGCUCUGCCUGCAAAUCAUCCCGAUUUGGCUACUUUAUACAACAACAUCGGUCUAAUGUAUGACAACAUGGGUGACUACUCGAAAGCACUUGAAUUUUACGAAAAAUCACUUAAAAUCAAAGAAAUAGCUCUUCCUCCAAAUCAUCCCCAUUUGGCUACUAGUCAUUUGAGUUUUGCUGUGUGUUACGAGCGAAUGGGUGAUUAUACGGCAGCUCUUAAGGCUCUUCAGAGUGCUUUUAAAAUUCAACAGAAAACAUUUGAAGAAGGUAAUGCAGAUUUUGGUUUCACAUACAGCUGGUAUGGAAGAGUCUAUCGCAGUAUGAAAGAUUACUCUAAGGCACUUGAAAACUUUGAAAAGUGUCUCUCAAUAGAUCAAAAAACACUGCCUGAGAGACAUCCGUAUUUCGGUAUAUCAUACAGUAAUAUAGGUGAUGUUCAUCGAUUAAUGAGUGAU